CUUUCUCCUCAAUUGAACAAUCAAACAAACCUUUGAUCGCAAUCCUGCUAAAUGACGGCCGCCUCCGCACACCUCCGCCGCAUCGGCGCCGUCGCCGGAAUCGCCGGAGGAGCUUAUUUAACCCUCCUUAACAACUCUUCAAUCGCCGCUAGCGACCACGGCGGCGCGCAGCCAGCCCUUGCCGAUGUGAGGCAGCAGAUUGGGGAUCCAUUCGCCAACGUCCCGCCGCGGUCAGUCCAGGAAUCGGCUUUGAUCGGGUCCACCGCCUUCAAUCCUCUCGACAUUCUGGUCAUCGGCGGCGGCGCGACUGGCUGCGGAGUUGCGCUCGACGGCGCCACGCGCGGCCUCCGCGUCGGCCUUGUCGAGCGCGAGGAUUUCGGCUCCGGAACUUCGUCGAGAUCCACGAAGCUCAUCCAUGGAGGAGUUCGCUAUCUGGAAAAGGCCGUUUUCAACUUAGAUUAUGGGCAGUUAAAGCUGGUUUUCCAUGCACUUGAGGAGCGUAAGCAAGUUAUCGACAAUGCUCCCCACCUCUGCAACGCGCUGCCCUGUAUGACGCCAUGUUUUAGUUGGUUUGAGGUCGUUUAUUACUGGAUUGGUCUGAAAAUGUAUGAUCUAGUAGCUGGCCGGCGCUUGCUUCACUUGUCCCGAUAUUAUUCAGUACAGGAGUCUGUCGAACUCUUCCCCACGUUGGCUAAAAAGGGAAAAGACCGGAACUUGAAAGGAACUGUCAUCUAUUAUGAUGGACAAAUGAACGAUUCUCGAUUAAAUGUUUCAUUAGCAUGUACUGCAGCUUUAGCAGGAGCCGCAGUUCUUAACCAUGCUGAAGUGAUAUCGUUUCUAAAGGACGAGAGUACCGGCCGGAUAACUGGCGCUCGGAUAAGAAAUAAUUUAACAGGCAAGGAGUUUGAUGCUUAUGCGAAAGUUGUAGUAAAUGCAGCCGGGCCUUUUUGUGAUUCUGUUAGGAGGAUGGCGAACAAGGAGGCGAAGCAGAUGAUCAGUCCCAGCAGUGGUGUCCACAUCAUCCUUCCUGAUUAUUAUUCUCCCGAAGGAAUGGGUUUGAUUGUUCCCAAGACUAAGGACGGUCGUGUUAUCUUCAUGCUUCCGUGGUUAGGAAGAACAGUUGCCGGUACCACUGACUCAAACACCAGUAUUACAAUGCUGCCCGAGCCUCACGAGGACGAGAUUGAAUUCAUAUUGGAUGCCAUCUCCGAUUAUCUUAAUGUUAAGGUGAGGCGAAUGGAUGUUUUGUCGGCUUGGAGUGGCAUCCGACCAUUAGCUAUGGAUCCUAGUGCUAAAAACACCGAGAGCAUCUCCAGAGAUCAUGUAGUGUGCGAAGAUUUUCCUGGCUUAGUGACAAUUACUGGUGGAAAAUGGACUACGUAUAGAAGUAUGGCAGAGGAUGCUGUUGAUGCAGCUAUCAAGUCGGGAGAUCUAGCCCCUGGAAGAAAAUGCAGUACACAAAAUCUACAACUCAUUGGGGCUAAUGGAUGGGAUCCUGCAUCGUUUACCGUAUUAGCACAGCAAUAUGUGCGUAUGAAAAGGUCUUACGGUGGGAAGAUUGUUCCCGGUGUAAUGGACAGUGCUGCCGCCAAGCAUUUGUCGCAUGCUUAUGGCACUUAUGCUGAGCGAAUAGCUGCCAUAGCUCAGAACGAGAGCCUGGGAAAACGGCUAGCCCAUGGAUACCCUGUUCUUGAAGCCGAAGUUGCAUAUUGUGCGCGCCAUGAAUACUGCGAGUCUGCAGUCGACUUCAUAGCCAGACGUUCUCGUCUUGCUUUUCUCGACACGGAUGCUGCCCGGAGGGCAGUGCCACGUGUCAUCGAAAUAUUGGCUGCUGAGCACAAUUGGGACAGGUCGAGGCGCAAGCAAGAGCUGCAAAGGGCUCAACAAUUCCUCGAGACCUUCAAGUCUUCGAGAAAUGCUCGAUUUAAUGAUGGCAAGCAUACCUGAAAUGUAAAGCUUUGUUUGUUUCUAAUGUAUUGUAAGUUUGUAGGCUCAUUAUUGAUUUAUUGUUGAGCUUUGGCCUUAUGCGGGUGACUGUUUUGGCUCUGUUUUAUUUUGUUCAGACAGGUUUAUUGUUUUGAGGCUUCCGGGAGUGUAUGUUGUGAUCCUGUCUAGCUCGGGAGCCGGCGAGUUUGCGCCGAACUUCGGUUUGUAUUUUUUGGACAUGGUAAGAACAAUGCCUUUGGUCGUAUGUUCUGAUUUUUUGUAUAUUCAUUGUUGUUGUGAUGCAAUAAUACCCUGCCUUUUCGA